UAAUGUUGACUAAAUUGGUUUUAGACUUACUUCCCACUCCAUCAGCUCGCGUAUUCAACGGCCAUUCAUGCAUUCUGAUCUUCAUAUGAAGAUCAUUGUCAUAUUUCCGGUUUUCUACUGCACAGUAGGAUUCAUACUUUCUGUUGUCAGGGCAACUGAUAUCUUAGCUGCAUCUGAGACUAUAACUGAUGGCCUGACAUUGGUAUCUGCUAGAAAUAGAUUUGAGUUUGGCUUCUUCAGUCCUCCAAAUUCAAGAAAGAGAUACCUAGGAAUAUGGUGCCAUGGAAUGACCCCACAGACCAUUGUGUGGGUGGCAAACAGAAAUAGCUCUCUCAAUGACUCAUUAGGGGCUGUCAGCAUUGUUAAAGAUGGAAACUUGAUCCUUCGAGACGGUACAGGAAAAACAGUUUGGUCUACUGAUAUUCAGGAGAUAUCCUCAAGUGGGACUGUUUUGCAGCUCUUGGACUCUGGGAAUCUUGUUCUGAGACAUGAUGACAAAGAAAAUGAUGAAGGGUACAUCUGGCAAAGCUUUGAUAAUUUCACUGAUACUUGGCUUCCAGGGAUGAAAUUAGGGAGAGAUUCCAGGACUGGCAUAAAUCGAAAAUUGACAUCCUGGAAGAGUAUGGAUGAUCCAUCCUCAGGGCAAUUUACAUAUGGCAUCAGCGGUACUGGACGUCCCCUGGAGGUUCAACUCUGGAAAGGUAAUUCUCUACAGUUUCGAACUGGACCUUUCAAUGGUGUUGGCUUUAGUGGAGUUAUUUCCAUACCACCGCCAAUACCUGCAGUCUUCAACCCAACAAUCUUUGUCAACACAAACGAGGUUUACUAUGAGGUUCCUGAAAGUAGUCCACUUCUCGCAAGGAUUGUGGUCAGCUACUCUGGGGAAAUCUAUAGCUAUUUAUGGAACAGCAGCAGCAGCCUAGAAUGGAUAGUCAUCUAUAGUAUUCCUAUUGACUCUUGUGAUAAUUAUGGCUAUUGUGGUACCAACAGUAUUUGCACCAUAAAUGAUCCUUUUCGCUGCAGCUGCUUGACUGGCUACGUGCCUAAGUCACCUCAGGAUUGGGAAAUUGGCCUACGGUCCAAUGGAUGCCUUAGGAAACAACCUCUAAAUUGUUCGAAGGGAGAAGGUUUUGUGGAGGUAAAGGGAGUAAAGGUUCCCGAUCACUGGCUGGAUUGGAUGGACAGCAGUGCAACUCUCAAGGAAUGUGAAGAGGAGUGUUUGAAGAAUUGCACUUGUACUGCAUAUGCCAAUUCAAACGUUUCAGGGAGGGGAAGUGGUUGCUUCUUCUGGUAUGGGGAUUUGAUUGAUAUAAGGCGAUUAGCUACCCCAAGCAAUCAAAAUAUUUAUAUUCGUGUAGAAGCUGCGGAUCUAGGCUCUAACGAAAGAAAAAAGACCAUUCUAGUCGUGGUGCCUUGUUCAGUUGUUCUGGCCCUGCUAGUUUUGACUUUUUGGUUCAUCCUGUUCAAGAGAUCACGGAGACGAGGGCUGAAACCACAGCUUCAUUCUGGAGUAAUGGAAGACCUAUCAUUACCGACUUUUGAGAUGAUGACCAUUGCAAAGGCAACCAACAACUUUUCUAACUCAAACAAGAUUGGAGUAGGUGGUUUCGGACCAGUUUAUAAGGGUCAGCUGCCAACAGGACAAGAGAUUGCAGUAAAGAGGCUUUCGAUAGAUUCCAAUCAAGGACUUGCUGAAUUUAAAAAUGAAGUCAUCGUGAUCUCCAAACUUCAACAUCGCAACCUGGUUAAACUUUUGGGAUGCUGCAUUCAAGGAGAAGAGAGGAUGCUAAUUUAUGAGUAUAUGCCCAGUAAAAGCCUGGACAUCUACAUAUACGAUAGCACGAGAAGAAAGUUGCUAACAUGGACAUGCCGUUUUGACAUUAUAACUGGGAUUGCUAGAGGGCUCAUUUACCUGCAUCGAGAUUCAAGAUUGAGAAUAAUCCAUAGGGAUUUAAAAGCUAGCAAUAUCCUCCUAGACGGAGAGAUGAAUCCUAAAAUUUCAGAUUUCGGCAUUGCUAGAGCUUUCGGAGGCGAUCAGAGUCCGGAAAAAACAACAAGGGUUAUUGGCACUUAUGGCUACAUGUCUCCUGAGUACGUCACAAAAGGGCUAUAUUCAACAAAAUCCGACGUGUUUAGCUUUGGAGUGCUAGUCCUUGAAAUUGUGAGCGGCAGAAAGAACAGAGACUUUCACCAUCCAGAGCACAACCAUAACUUACUUGGUCACGCAUGGAAACUCUGGAGUGAAGGGAAUGCCUGUCAACUGAUAGAUGAGGUAAUGGAAGAAUCUUUCUCGGUAUCAGAGGUGGAGAGAUGCAUACAAGUUGGCCUCCUGUGCGGGCAGCAGCACCCUGAGGACAGGCCAACCAUGUCCAUUGCACUGUCCAUGUUAAAUAGUGAGACUGCUCUACUUCCCCAGCCUAAGCGGCCAGGUUUCUAUUCGGAGAGGACUGCAAAUGAAACAGAAGAUUCAAUGGACAAACAACAACAACAACACCCUGCUACAAAUGACAUGACUAUAACUCUAUCGGAGGGUAGGUAGAGAAAAUUUUUGGCACUGAAAUUGGUUCAACAAAUUUUGAUCCUGUCAAUAAGGAUCUAGUAAAGUUGUAUAGCAGCUCUGUAUAGCAAUUCAAUUCUGAAAUGUUUGAGCUUCCACAUUAACAAGUAAUGACUAAUCACAGCCAUGAUGCGAUUCUCAGUUUCUCACUACUACCUCAGGAGAACCAGAUAAAUCAAUAUCUAAUUGAUUU